AUGGAAGUAGAAGCAGAGAUCCUCGUCCCCGUCGAGCUCCAGUCCGUCGGGGCCCUUCCCAGAGCCGACGAGCUUCGGAGGACUCUUCUUCCUUUGGCUAGAGAGAAAGCUCUCCUCGACAGCAGGGACCGGGCUCGGAUUCUCAAGGAGCAUGGGUUGGGUAGUGACGUUCCUUUGAAAGAUCCAAAUAGAACUGUCUCCUCCUUUGCUUUGCAAAUAAAAUAUGGGCAGAAUACAAGCUUCGAAUCCUUUUCAUGUGAUCCAAGCAAAACGAAGGAUGGCAUUGGCAAUAUAGAAGAAAACCCAACUGUUCAUGGGUUGCAGGGAUUACCUGAUCUUGAAUUUAGGCAUCUCGGGAGUACUUUUAAGGAACUAGGCAAAUGUAUGGUGGACCUUGGACUUUGCUUAGCAAGAACAUGUGAUAAAGUCAUAGGUGGUAGAGAGCUAGAGCAAAGUAUUUUAGAUUCAUGCUCAGCCAAGGGACGCCUUAUCCACUAUCACUCAACAAUGGACAACCUUAUUCUCAAAGAGAUCAACAGGAGAAGUAGAGCAGUCACGAAAAAAGUAAGAAUGGUUACACAUAAUUCUUCAUCUCCUCGUGAACCUGAAACAUCAGGAAACAUAAAUUUUCCUGAAUGGAAAACGGCUGCCCUGGAUGAGCAGCGAAAGAUGGAAAACCUCAGUGCUGAUAAUUGUUCAAAACAUAGAUGCCGGAGAACUUCUUUUUCCAAUCUAUGGCAACAAUGGCAUUACGACUAUGGGAUAUUCACUAUUCUAACUCCACCAUUGUUUAUAUCAUCUGCCCCCAUGGAAGACUGCACUUUGGGGUCAAGGAGUCAGCCCUUCUCUUCUCCAGAUGGGCAUACAUAUUUGCAAUUGUUUGAUGCUACUGAGAACAAGAUCCUUGUGGUGAAAUCACCUCCUGGGAGCUUUAUCGUUCAGGUAGGGGAAGCAGCAGAUAUCUUGUCCAGAGGUAGACUUCAGUCAACUCUUCACUCUGUCUGCAGGCCUGUAGACUUUGAGAAUAUAAGCAGGGAGACUUUUGUUGUCUUCCUGCAGCCAGCUUGGAGUAAAACUCUCUCACAUCCUCGGCACCUUUUAAAUGCCAAACCAAUUCAGGGAAAGUUGACUCCAGAGGAUGAAACAUCUUCAAAAUCGCAGCAGUUGAUGCAAGAAAUACUUCAAAAAAUCCCACCUCUAUCUUCAAGACUGAGAGAGGGGAUGACAUUUGCCGAAUUCUCACGUGAAACUACUAAGCAGUAUUAUGGUGGUAGUGGUACUCAGUCUAGAGACAAGUGAAUCUUUUAAAUGUUUUACUGCCUGCCAUCCUUAUGUUAAAUCAUUUACAAGCGGAACUAAUGUAAACAAAUCCAAUAAUUCUUUGAGGUUACAAAAGCUAGAAAUUAAAAGGGUAUGCUGGUGUAAGCAAUCCACGGUUGCUCAGUUAAAGAGUUACAAAUAUAGACAAUCAACAAGAAUCUGAACAGUGCAAGCAGAAAUGACACAGGUCCUGAAACCUUGAAUGGAUGAGGCUGUUGAUGAGAUCACCACAUCCUAGAUACUGGAAAUUUUUUUCUGCAGUCAAUUGCAGGUAUCAAUAUCCAGAAGCUUUAUUUAUUGUCUCUAAUUUUCAUCUACUUUUGCUGUUAUUACAUGUGGCUCAGUACUUACUCCCAUAUGCCUGGAAAUAUGAAGAGAAGUUUUAAUCAAAUUUUCCUAUGGUAGGAGGAGGCUGAUAUGUAAAUAAAGUCAUAUAGCGGUUCAUAGAUUAUGACAUUCUCACCUCAUAUGCUGCUGGAGAUCUGCAAUAGUUGGUGUUGGUUAGUACAGUGCUGGUUGAACCACAUUCACUAUCUUUAAGAGACAUGUUGGAUCUAUCAAGCUUGAGAUGCCAUGGAAACUUAUAUCCAUUUGGUAUCAGACCCACUUGAGAAGAAGAUCGUUGCAUUGUAACUCCUCUUGGAAUAUUCCUUCCCUCAACUGAUGGUCUCCUUCGGCUUGCUUGUCGCUCAAAGGGGUCAAGUCUUUGCUUUGGGACACUCUGAGACCGUGCCUUUGCUCUCGAAGACUGUGUGUUGGCCAUGUAACUACGAAAUAAGGGAUAGUCAAUGGAAUCCUGGGUUGCAUCGGGCAUUGAGAUCGCUGAAAAGUAUUGGGGGCUGGUUUGAGUUGUUGCAAAGGAGAAUUCUUCGAAAUGGCCGCUUCGAGCUUUUGGGCUUAUAUCCGUUAAGGCUGAUGAUGACGGUGAGUACUGUGGUUGGAUGUCUGACUUGGAAGGUGUUCGCUCAUCAUAAUAGUAUACAGAGUGUCUGUGGUUUAUUAUUCUUCUGGAUUGGGGAUUGGAAUAGCUAUUCCUGCUCUUGAAGCUACUUCUUGGUUCCGCGAGAUCCAUCUCCACUAUUCUGAUGUUCUCCGCUGCAUUUGUCUCCAUCCCCUGCAUGCCAAAUGUUUCCUUAUCGUGGACAUGUGCACUAGUACCAACAAUAUAUGCACUCGGGUUAUUGGAUGCAACAACUGUCGGAACCAAACAUGAGACCCAUUAUAUAUGUGUCUUUCUUCUUGGUAGGAUGCUGUGGUGAUCUUAUGUAAUUUGGCAGCUGCUGUGAGAUGGUUCGGGCUUCCUCUGCCAUUUGUAACUGCUGUGCUCGAACUCUGGUUUGAACCCUGACCAAAGCCUGCAUUCUACGGAGAGUUUCGGUGGCUUGACUCCUGACCAGGUGCCCCCUUAUCAAUGCUUGCAGCUUCACUAGUCCUUUCAGUGCACAUAGAGCUUUCCUUGCCUUAAAGAAAUUAAAAUCAAUGUCAUCUCAGCUUGCUUUAUAUUACUGCUGCCAUGUCAUCUCAUAUUCAGUUUCUUUCUAUACUUUUCUUUCAUAUUUAUUUAGGUCUUGUUUUACACGGUAUAAUUGUUAUUGAGCUCUUCUUUCAUAA